AUGGAUACAUCAUCACAAUAUUAUCCAACUGAUCAUAACAACACCGAGAAUAAUAAUCAGACAACAAAUCCUCUUAUAAAGCAUCAUAAUCCUCUUCUUGAAGGGCAACAACUAUCUCAAUAUUUGAGACAUUCUAUGGAACCUUCUAAUCCUACUACUAUAGCAAGUAAUGAUGAUCAACAACAAUUUGAUUUCGUGAUGUCUGCUGGACACGUUAAAUUGAUGUCUGAGCCGCCACCAUACGACCAAUUCAACAUUGAAUGGCCAAAUGUUUCAAUUCCAAUUACAGGUGAUCCUCCGGAAUUCACGUUAGAAAGUGGUCAACAGCAAUUAUUUGAACCCGAAGAACAGAAUCUUUUAUUGGAUAAAUUCAUUCAUCAAUAUUUGGAUGUGAAUCCAGGAAAUAACUCGGAUUUUAUGCUUACGCCAGAAAUCCAAUUUUAUUCAUCGCAGUCGCCUUCAAAGGAUACGACAAGUAAUCAUCAGAUUAUUGAUGAUUCUUCUGUAGUUGACGGAAGUUCUUCUCUCGCUUCUACCUAUAUUUACGGAGAAAAUGGAAUAACAAAUCUUGAUGGUGUUAAUUCCAGUUCUCAACAUCGGCAACAAAUGAACGAAGCUUUUCUCGGUUCCAAUUCAGCGCGUUUAUCACCAAAAUCGACAAGCUCUCAUAAUUCCAGUACCAAUACUUCGAAUAAUAGCGAUAGCAGUAGUCGUAAACAUAAACAGACUGAAGAUGACAAUCCAAGAUCAGCAAAACGUUUUUCUUCACAAGUUAUCUCAAUAACUACCUCUCCAUUACAAAAUGGUCAAUCAAGUCAGAAUUCACCUUUGCAAUUAAGUUUUUCUGUUAAUAAAGCAGAAUCAUUAUCGUCGUCAUCGACAUCAUCCUCUCCCACAUCCAGUAAUCGAACUCAUGAAAAUGGAAUUGCAUCGUCCUCUUCACCAACAACACCUACGAUAGAUGAUGUUGACGCUGGAUCCGAAACACGAGAUGAAUUUUCUUCAUCUUCAUCAGGGUCGAAAUCAAGUCGAAAACCGUACAAAGAAUUGCUCACCGAGGAAGAGAAACGUGCUAAUCAUAUUGCAUCCGAACAGAAAAGACGUAAUACAAUCAGAGCAGGAUUCAAAGAACUCACCGAUAUCAUACCGACACUUAAGAGCGUUAAUAAUUCAAAGAGUACGAUAUUAUUUAAGGCGGUUGAUUACAUAAGAUAUUUAGAGCGACGGAACCGUAAUCUGAAAGAACGUGCUAAUUUGUUGGAAAUGCGAGUUGAAAUGGAAAUGAGAUCGGGUCGAAGAAUUCAUCAUCCUGCAUAUGGAUUUGGGUAUCAAAGAAUGCCAUCAAUUCCAAUGGGUCACGUGAAUCCUACUUAUGGUAUAAUGUCGAUCGCGGGACAUCCUGCACAACAUAUGAUGGGUGGGACAACAUCGCCACAUCACUAA